AUGGCAGUAGGUGCUACACCAGCAACUCUAGCAUGCUUUCCAUGUGGGCCAUCCUGGCCUCAAUUCUGUCCAUGCGUGUUGCUUCUAUCUGUGCAGCUGCUGGAGGUUGCUGGUCUGGUUGUGGGGCUGGUGGAGGGUCUGCCUGCUGGGUUGGAGAUGGGUCUGCCUGCUGGUGUGCUUGCUGAUAGGCCUGCUGGUUGCUGUUGUGUGAUGCCCAAACAUUCUUUCAUGUCUCAGGACAAUUGGACUUGCAAGGAAAAUGCAAAAGAUGCUGCCCAUUUUAUGCAGCAACAAGAAGUUUUUGAGAAGAAGAAGAAUUGUCAUGGAGAGGGAUACCCGUUCACGUGGGAGCAUAGCAGAAACAGUGGUAGUUGGGUGGAAUCUAAGUUGGAUCGUGUUCUUACUAAUACUCAAUGGCGUGCCAGGUUCUCUAAUUCUUCAGCUGAAGUGAUGGGUUUCUCUACAUCUGACCAUUUGCCUAUCCUGCUUUCUUCUUCUAACAUGGAUGCUGCGGGUAAGCUUGAGGCUUGUCGUUCUGCUCUCAAAUCUUGGGGUAUAAAUCUUCUUCUUAAGCACAAAGUGGAGAUGGAUGAGUGCCUUGCUAUCAUGUCCCGUUUACGUCUACAAGAACAUAUAACUGAGUUUUUACGAGCUAAAGCCCGCUUCUUUCACCUCCUAAAUCUCUGUGAGAUCUUCUGGAAGCAGCGGGCCAAGCAAUUUUCGCUUAAGGAGGGUGAUGCUAAUACUCGUUUUUUCCACCAGUCUGCCAGUGCUCGAAAAAGGAAAAACACGAUUGUCAAACUGCUGGAUGAUUCAAAUGUAUGGCGGGACAGGAAUUCGGGGUUGGAGGGUGUGAUGACUGAUUACUUUAUGACCCUUUUUACUUCCCACAGUUGUAAUUCUGAACAUGUUUUGCAGUGUGUCCCGACGUUAGUAUCACAGGAUCAUAAUGCUUCUCUCUUAGCGCCAUACAGUUGUGAUGAGGUAAGGUCUGCAGCCUUUUCCAUGAAAAUUGAUAAAUCCCCUGGGCUAGAUGGUUUCAAUCCUGGUUUUUUCCAGCAGUAUUGGGAUAUUAUAGGAGAUGAUAUAUCUAGUUUUUGCAUUGAGUGUCUGCAUUCCGGGUCUAUUCCUCUAAAGUUGUAUGAGACGGCUUUAGUUUUGAUUCCAAAGAAGUUUGUGCCUGAGCGAAUGAGCGACUUGCGUCCUAUAGCCCUCUGCAAUGUGGUCUAUAAGAUCAUCACUAAGAUGAUAGUUAAUCGGCUUAAGUCCCUUCUGCCCACCAUCAUCUCGGAGAGUCAGAGUGCUUUUAUUGCUGGUCGAAGUAUUCAGGAUAAUAUAAUCUUAGCUUUUGAGGCCUUGCAUGGUUUUAAAGGGCAUCAAAGGAAAAAAGAGUUUUCUGGGGCCCUCAAAAUGGAUAUCAGCAAGGCCUAUGAUAGACUUGAGUGGGGUUUCAUUCGGGAUAUGCUUCUUCGGCUGGGUUUUGCGCAACAAUGGGUUGCUUUGCUGUUCCCUUGUAUCUCCACUGUUCGUUAUUGGAUCCUGCAUGAUAGCAAGGAGUUAGGCCCUAUUGUUCCUACAAGGGGAUUGAGGCAAGGAGACCCCUUAUCGCCGUACUUGUUUAUUCUUUGUGCUGAGGGGCUUUCCCGUCUCCUGCAAAAUUGUAUAAGCAGUGGAAGCCUUCAGGGGUAUAGGGUUUCUCGGGGUGGCCCGCAGAUUUCUCACCUUUUUUUCGCAGAUGAUAGCUUGAUCUUCUUCCGAGCAAGUGUUCAGGAGGCUUUGGAACUCAAGCGUAUCCUUCGCAUGUAUGAAAAUGCAUCUGGACAGGUGAUAAACCUUCAGAAAUCAUCUAUCUCCUUUAGUAGGUACACUCCUGUGGCUCUUCGGGUCUCUGUAUGCUCAGUACUUCAGGUUGAGGAGAAACCAGAUUUUGGAAAUUAUAUAGGACUUCCUUCUCAUGUUGGAAAUAAUAAGAGGAAAGUGUUCAGUUUUGUUAAGGAUAGAUUGUGGAAAAGGCUGAAUUCUUGGAAGCAUCGGGCACUGUCUCAAGCAGGUAAGGAGGUUCUCUUGAAAACAGUCCUCCAAGCUUUGCCAAACUAUGUGAUGAGCUUAUUUUUACUUCCUCGGACUCUUUGUGAUGAACUGCAACGCAUGAUGACUAGAUAUUGGUGGAGUAUGGGGGCGGAUCAAAAUCGGGGUAUUCAUUGGCUGGGUUGGCACAGAAUGGCAAAGCACAAAUCUGAUGGCGGGCUAGGUUUCAAAAUUCUUCAUAAGUUUAACUUGGCCAUACUUGGGAAGCAGGGCUGGCACAUUAUCAACAGGCCUCAGUCCUUAGUGGCUCGUGUCCUUAAGGCCCGCUAUUUUUCGACACAAUCUUUCUUUGAAGCUCCUUUGGGAAGUAACCCUAGUUUUUUGUGGCGCAGCAUAUGGGAAACUCGGGGUCUGAUUCGAGCUGGGGCUUAUUGGAGGAUUGGGAAUGGUCAGUCAGUUUCAGUCUGGGGGCAACCCUGGUUGAGAGAGCUGCCUGAGUCCCUGGUUUCCACAACCCCUCCUUUGAACUAUGCUAGAGUUGUUGUUUCAGAUCUCAUAAUUAACCACAGAUGGAACGAGAGUUUAAUUGCACAGAUGUUCAACGAAAGAGAUAGAAGUUGUAUUUUGAACAUCCCUCUUAGUCUUUCAUCGUGUUCUGAUACAUGGUGCUGGAAAUUCGAGUCCAAAGGUCACUAUUCGGUUAAGAGUGCAUAUAGGUUCCUGGUUGAUGGCUUUCAACAUAGGGAAGGGAGCGAGAUAUGGAAAAGGUUCUGGAAAGCUAAAGUUCCCCCAAAAGUGCUCAAUUUCUGCUGGCGGGCUCUAGUUAAUGUUGUCCCUUGCCUCUCGUCACUUCAGUCCAAGAGAGUCCCAGUUGAUCCUUCAUGCCCGUUGUGUCAUGUAGCCCCUGAGAAUGUCUUGCAUAUUUUGAUUCAGUGCCCUUUUGCCCGCAGCUGCUGA